CAGGAAGUGCCUGAGGCUGCUGAGGCAGUGGAGGCUGCCGCUGGGGCCCUGGGGGGCAGAUGCGUCUGCUCUGCGCAGGGGUGACAUGGAGAGCCCUGGCCCAGGAGAAGCCUCCCACCUGAGAGCCCAGCCAGCCCCUCCUCUUUAUGGAACAGCUGCCUCCCAGGCAUGGCCAGAGCCGCAGGGGCCAAGCGGUGCCCCAAGCAUCCCCCGCUGCAGGGCUUACGGGGCUGUGGCCAUACUCUGCUAUAUCAACCUGCUCAACUACAUGAACUGGUUCAUCAUCCCAGGGGUGCUCCUGGACAUCCAGAAGCAUUUCCGCCUCAGUGACUCAGAAGCUGGCUUACUGCAGACAGUGUUCAUCUCCGGCCUGCUGCUGGCCGCUCCCCUGUUUGGCUACCUCGGAGACCGCUACAGCCGGAAGGUCACUCUGAGCGUCGGGAUCGUCCUCUGGUCCAGCGGGAGCCUCAGCGGUUCCUUCCUCCCGGGCCGGUAUUCCUGGCUCUUCUUCCUUUCGAGGGGAGUUGUGGGCAUUGGGGUUGCCAGUUACUCCACCAUCGCUCCCACUAUCAUCGGGGACCUCUUUGUGAAGGACCAGAGGACCUGGAUGCUGUCGGUGUUCUACAUCUUCAUCCCAGUUGGAAGUGGCCUGGGUUACGUCCUCGGGUCUGCUGUGACCAAAGCCACAGGGGACUGGCAUUGGGCUUUCAGGAUCAUGCCCUGCCUGGAAGCCGUGGCUUUGGCACUGCUGGUCUUGCUGGUUCCAGACCCCCCCCGGGGAGGCGCGGAAGAGCAGAGUGAGGCUGGUGGCCCCAGGACCAGCUGGUGUGAGGACGUCAGCUAUUUGGGGAAGAACUUGAGUUUUGUGUGGUCGACUCUGGGAGUCACAGCCAUGGCCUUUGUGACAGGAGCCCUGGGCUUCUGGGCCCCGAAGUUCCUCUACCAGACCCGAGUACUUCAUGGCCUGCAGCCUCCUUGCCCCCAGGAGCCGAGUGAUUCCUCUGACAGGUUUUCCUGGCACUCGGAGAGCUCCUUCUCUCUUUCAACUGGGCCAUUGUUGCUGACAUCCUGCUGUCUGUGGUUAUGCCCAGCCGGAGAGGGACUGCAGAAGCAUUGCAGAUCACCGUGGGCCACAUCUUGGGAGAUGCUGGCAGCCCCUACCUCACUGGACUUAAGGUGGAGGGGGUGCUGUUUUGAAGAGAGCUCAGGCAGGUCUGAAGCCUUUGAGAUGUGCCCUCAGGUAGCAUCCGAAGCCAGAAGCAGCUGCCUCUGGUCUGCUGGGGCCGGAUCUUCUUUGCACGAAGUCAACUCAAGUUAGGUCCAAAGCUCAUGGCAAACUCCAUCUAAGGCAAACUACCAGUACAGGACUGAUAGUCCAAGAAAAUCAGAAGGCACCUGCAGAGCCCUAGAAAGGUGAGGCAGCACAGUCCCUCAAACUUGCCCCCAAAUGUGAAACCCUGUGGCGAGCUGACCUGGCAUGUGAAAACCUCUUUCCCACAAACCAGGGACACUUUACGUGCUGGCUUUCUGCUUGAAGAAAAGGAAUUUGUAUAGGAUUCCUUUAAGUAGCAAAUGUCCCCAGGGUACUGGGUGUCCCAAAUAAUUGCCCAAAGAUCACUUUUUACCAGCCUGUUUCAAGAACAAGUUGAUUGCAUGAAGUGAAGUGACUCAUAUAUGGAUGCCCUCCGCAUGCCUGGUCCUGUGAUGAUGCCAUGGGGCAGAGACAAGACGAGGUGCCACAUGGCCCUGCCCUCCCUGGGGAGAUGGCACCCUCUCCCAACACAUGCAACAGGCCAAGACGGCGUGUGAGCAGGGCCCGGCUGCACAUCUCAGGCCCAAGCCUAGAGAAGUCCAGAAAAGGGAGGUUGCUGUGCCUCUUACAGGAAGCCUUCCCUGGUCUCUCCUUUGGUCAGUGCUCCCUCUCUCCAGUUAUGACGUGCACUGUGGGUGUGCUGUGUCUUCCCAGAAGUCGGGAGCCUUCUUGAGGGACUCUUCUGUCCCUGCUUUGUCCCCAGUCUUUGCCUCCCCAAUACCGAGCGUAGUGCCCAGCCCAUUCUGUAGCAAGGAUUAACACAUGCUCGUUGAAUUGGAUUUGAUAGGACAGGAAUCAGCAGGGGAGGCUGGGUGGGGUGGGGGGGGUGUGGACUUGAAGGACAGCUGCGGCAGCGGGUGGCCUAGGAGAAGGGACAGGGAAUGGCUGGUGCUGGCAGAGGGUAGGGGAGGGCCCCUGCUUCUGCCUGGGUUUCAUCUCAGGACAGCCUGACCCGCAGACGCUGCCGGGGGGCCAAGCAGCCUCCCUCAGCCCCUCCUUUUCUC